AUGACUGACUUAUUUACCACUUUGGACAAAUUUUUGCUAGAACUGGUUUUUCAGUCUGAGCAAGAUUCAAAUGCCAAAGAAGCUGCAGAGCAACAGAUUGCUUUAUUCUGUACAAAUAUAAAAGAAAAAAAGAGGAAUAUUUUUACUCUACAAGACAAAAUAAACACAAGUGAUGAUGAAAUUGCUCAUUACCAUAAGCAUAACAAAUAUAUGAAGAAAGACUGUAUUAACUGGAUGCCAACAUAUGACGUCCUUCAUAAACAUGAAGAUUAUUUGCAGGAACAAUUUCAGAAUCACCAGGAAACUACUGAAAAAGACAAAAAAAUGUAUCACGAUUAUAUGAGACAGUAUAAUGAUACCUUGAAACAAUACCAGCUACAUUAUUCAGAAUCGCCUUUUGCUCAAGAGUAUUAUAAGAACAAGACAGAAGUAGAAGAAAUAAAAAGCCGAAUAUUAACAUAUUCUGAGCAAUGUAAAAUUAAGGAAACUAUUCUUAUGGAACUUAUAGUGCCCGCUCCCUUUAAAUCACUUCCUGACUGGACAUUACAAAUUGUUCAUUUGAGAUCUAAAACUGAAGAUAUUCUUAAAUAUGCUUCAACUUUGAUUUACAAAUCAUCUAAACUGAAGAAAGAAGCAGAUGAAAUAGAAAGAAAAAUUAAUUAUUUAAAUCAGCAGACUACAAGAAUUUCUGAAACUAAGAACCUUUCAGAUGUCCUAGAAGAUAAAAGUGACAAAAUAGAAAAAAUAAGAGAAUUUAAAGAGAGAAUUUUUGAAGAACAUGGACGAAUUUGUGAAAUAAAUGAAAAUCCUCAAAAUAGUCAACUAUUUCUUCCUUAUAAUUCCCCAAAAUUAGUUAAACCUGUAAGGAAUGAAAGACAUUUCUCAGAACCAAGAGAAACAGAUAAAAAAGAAGAAAGUUCAUUGAGCUAUUCAACACUUGCCAGUAUUGACUUCAGACCAGAGAGAAAAGCAACACCGGAAUUUGAUGAAUCCAUGAUGAAUAAAUAUUCUCAAGUUUCAACUCUUAAAAGUACACAAAACUUGCUACAAUUCAGACUGCUGACUCUUCAGAGGCAAUCAGACUAUAAGCUAAUGUUUGACAAAGGAAGUACAGAUUCUGAGUGUGGAGUAAAAGAAACAGAAAAAAAUUUAAAAGAUUCCACAGAUACUCUACAAGAUGACCACACAGAACACCCAGGAAAAUCAGAGGAGGAUAAUCAUGACAAAACUGAAGGAAGCCCUGAAAAACUUACAAGCACUCCUGAAAUGCCUCACUUUUUAAGAACUCCUGAUUUUUUAAAAACACCUGAACGUGGGGAGAAAUUAGAGUUUUCUAAAAGUCCUUCAUCUGAACUGCUCAGAAAUAUAGGGCUUGAAGGCAAAUCACAAAAGACACCACCUGGAUUUUCUUUUCUUAUGGGCUCUUCUGUAUCACCUGGAUUUAAUUUAUUUGAGUCUUCUGAAUUUGGAAAUGAAAACUUACCAGAUCAGUUUGAUGAAAAUUAUUCUUCAGGAAAUUUAAAUCCUGUUUCCUCACAAAAAGAUAUUGGAGGCUUAUUUGGAAAAUUGGAAGGAGAAGAUACUUUUCCAUUCCCAUUUUCAUCAGAAGCUUCUACUCAACCAUUUGAAGACGGAAAAGAUGAUUUUACUUUUUCAUUUUCAUUUGAACAAGAUCAACAUUCAUCACAGUCUUCCUCUUCAAAAGGUUUUCCAUCUUCACAAAAUACAAAACAGUUCACUUUUUUUUGA